AUGUCGUCUUCACAGCAGGUAAAAGGACGAGGACGUGGUCGACCACGAACUCAACCAGUUUCUUCUUUAACCAUUGAUGAUUCACCAUCAGCAAUAGAGAAAACAUCAGAUGUUUCUAUUCCCUCGACUACAGACAAUGUACAAAUAUUCACUGCAUCUCAAAUUACUUCGAUGGGUGGCCGAGGUCGGGGUGCUCAUCUGAAACAAAGAAAUUUAGUGCCAGAUCCUCACUGGCAAGUAUCAGAUUUAACCAUUGAUCAGUUCAAAUCACAUGCUAAACCAUCAAAGCCAAAGGAACUGGGAAAAAUUGGGGAGGUUAUAAAAGUUACGGUAAACUAUUUUCCGAUUGUUGAAUAUCCACAAUGUGAUUUUGCUUAUCAAUAUGAUAUUCAAAUUAAAAAUAAAAGUUUUUUAGAAGUUCCACGUGAACAUAGACGUGUGGUGUAUGAAGGUUGGUUAAAUGAAUAUUGUCGAACAUAUUCGCAAAUAAAUAAAUAUAAAAUAGUUUUUGAUAAUCAUCAUAUCAUCUUUACAAUGGAUCAACCAUUGCCAAAUGUUGACAAAAUUGGAAUCACUGGGAAAAUUAUGGCACCGAAUAGGUUUAAUCGUCAAGAAGAAUAUCAAAUUUCCAUUAAACGAGUGGGUAAUUCAAUUGAUUUGAGGUUGUUACGUUCUAAUAAUGAAUUUUACGAUACGGAAAAUAAUUCUAACAACAGUCUUAAUGAUAUCCAAAUUAUUCGACAAAUGUUAUCGAUUGUAUUACAUGAAAAUUGCUCAUCAAAUGCUGCUUAUAUUUACAAUCGAUCAUUUUUUGCAGAGCCUAUUUUAGAAAACAAACACGGUUACUGGGAUCUUGGUUUAGGCAAAGCUUUAUGGCGUGGUUUCUAUUCAUGUCUUGUCUUCACCAACGGUCCUAAUCGAUUACUUAUGAAUCUUGAUGUGAGUCAUACAGUUCUUAUGAAAGAACAAUCAUUCAUUGAUUAUCUCUGUGAAGUUAUGCUUCACAGUCCACUUGGUAAGAGCCAUUAUAAGAAUAAGCAAAAGAUUCAAACAGCCGAGAUUAAAGAUGUUGUGAAAUUUCUUGAUCAAAAUAUCAGUGGUGGUCAUUAUGAUGGUGAAAUUGGAUUUUUACUCAAUCACUGUAAACAUCUUCCUGUCCAUUCACACGUGGCCAAUAACACAAUGUGCUAUAAAAUCGAUGGUUUAGGUGAUGCAGCAUCCGAACAAAAAUUCUUAUGGGAAAGAAACGGUCAUAGUUCUGUUGUUACAGUCGAACAUUACUAUAAAGAAAACUAUGGAAUUCAAUUAAAAUACCCAACAUUACCUACAUUGAAAAUGCAUAACAAAUCGUUUGUACCAAUGGAAUUCGUUGAUGUUCAACCUAUUAAGGUGAAAAAAAUAACCGAUGAACAAAGAGCACUUCUUUCUUUAAAAUCAUCUAUGAUGGCCUCGGACUAUCAUCAAUCGAUCAAAGAAAUUCGUCAGAAUCCAAAACAACAAUGUUUUGAACAAGAUCCAUUUGUUAUUGAAGGGAAUUUGAAUGUCGAUGUCAAUAUGCUCAGAGUACCAGCGCGUAUUUUACCUAUGCCUGAAAUCAUUUAUACUGAUAAAUUUCAUAUAAAUAAUGAACAGUGUCGAUCACCAGGUGUUUGGAGUAAUACGAAAACGCAAUUUUAUCAUCCAACAAAAUUUCCACCCGUAUGGGCUUUGAUCAAUUUAUCAUCAUUGAAUAAAGAGUUAUGCGAAGCAUUCUAUAAGCAAUUGAGUGAUGUUGCUGCUGACCGAGGUAUAACUUGUUCAAUACCCGUCCUCUACGAAGAAUACAAUGUUCAACCUGAUUCCAUUAGUCAGAUGAGUGCUUCACUCAAAGACAUGAUGGAAAAGAAUGAUGAUUGUAAAUUUUUUAUAGUUAUCUUACCAGAAAAUAUCGAUAUUAGAGAUCGAAUAUAUGGGGAUUUGAAAACACUGUGUGAAUUACAAUUCGGCUUCGGAAUUGUUACUCAAAUGAUUAAAUUAAAGGAAAACGAAGGCAAAUAUUCAUGGAAUUAUUCAAGAUUGAAUAAUAUUUGGAUGAAAAUCAAUACUAAACUAGAUGGAAUUAAUUCUAUUCUUCAUGUUCCUGAUGUUAUCGGAAAAUUCUUCUCACGUGGUCAUCGAUAUAUGUAUGUUGGCGUUGACCUCAAUCAUGGAGCACCUGGUUCAGGCAGAAAAUUUUCAACUGUAGCUGUUGUAGCAUCAGCCGACGAUAUACCCAAUCGAUAUUUCAAAGAAAUUUAUGUACAAGAACGAUUACCAGAAGCACGCGGACAAAGUCGUGAAUACGUUGUAGAUAUGAAAGAGAUUAUGAAAUCUCUUAUUAGUCAAUAUGAACAACAUCAUGAUUAUCCACCAAAAGCUAUUAUUAUCUAUCGUGAUGGAAUUGCAAAUAGUGAAUUUGAUAGUGUGUUCGAAAAAGAACUCAUGGCAAUACGAGAAGCUUGUGUUGAAUUAUCAUCAAUCUAUCGACCUUAUCUUACUUAUAUUGUAGUGAAUAAGAAACAUCAUACAAGACUUUUUCCAACUGAUUCAAAUGGUAAUGUUAAGGCUGGUACCGUCGUUGAUUCACAUGAAGUUACUAAUCCUACUACUUAUGAUUUCUUUUUGAAUAGUCAUCAUGGAGAAAAAGGAACAAAUCGUCCAGCACAUUAUCAUGUUUUAUAUGACGAUAAUAAACUAAAACCAGAUGAAGUUCAAAUGUUAACUUAUGCUCUAUGUUACACAUAUGCUUGUUGUACUCGUUCAAUAUCUAUUCCAGCACCUGUAAAAUAUGCUGACUUAUUAGCCUUUCAUGCAAAUUUCUAUAUAAACAGAAAUGGUCAAGUGGACACAGAGUCAGAUGCUUCACAACCGACUAUUCCAUUGGAUCAAACUGUGAAUGUCGAAAAUAUGAUAAGAAGUAAACGUAUUGUAUUAAGUUCGAAAUUGGCACCAGAUUGUCCAUUCUUUUUGUAA